AUGUUCGGCCCGUUCAGAAUAACAAACCCGCUGUCGGGCGGUCUGCUGUGGAAAAUCCCCUGGCGCCUGUCGAGGUUCCAGAAGCGCAGACACAGGUUACGGCUCCGUGCGGUGGAUAGCGUCGUGGCCACGCUGGAUUCGGCUCUUGCAAAGAAGGGACAGACGCUCGAGGCGUUGGAGCGGUGGAAGGCCGAGAUGCCGACUGAGGCGGAGAUGCUGCCCAAGGAUAAAUAUACCUUGUUUGACCGCAAGGCGAAGCGGUACAGGAAGGGGAUUCACAAAUUGCCCAAGUGGACGAGGGUGUCGCAGAGAGUCAACCCCCCCGGUUAUUAA